AUGUCUGUUUUCAAGGCAUCACUCCUAUUCCUUCUUUCUUCGUCACUCGUCCACGGGGUUCCACACUCCAGCAGAGCAUCGCGAAGCCAACAAUGCGUGGUUCCGUCUAAAUAUCAGGCAUCAAAUGGAACGGCUGAUGACUCGUCUGCCAUCUCCCAGGCUUUCGCAGAAUGCGCAACUGACUCGGUUAUCAUCUUCGAGGAGGGUGUAAAUUAUAAUGUCUUCCAGCCGAUCACGGCCACCAACCUCAGCAAUGUGGAGAUCCGGAUGCACGGCAAUCUGCAUCUGCCACAGAAUAUAACUGCAGUGCAGAAUAUCGUCAGUGACGGUAGCUCUACAUGGUUCACCUUGGAAGGGCCCAAGGUGGACUGGACUGGUCCCGAAGACGUGAAUAAUGGCUGGAUCGACUCGUAUGGACAGCCCUGGUGGGAUGCGAACCCUGCGGGUAGUUCAGGCAUCGACAAUCGUCCGCAUCUCAUGAGCUUCAAGACUAGCCAAGCGACCAUAAAAUACUUCAGGUCCAGGAAGCCUAUCGCUUGGAAUGUCAAGCUGCAUGGACAAGACAUUACAGUUAGCCAUGCCAUCAUCGAUGCUACCUCGACAGGUAGCUUUCCUUUCAACACAGAUGGCUUCGAUGUGGAGGGGACCAAUAUCCAGAUUACCGACAGUAUCAUGUACAACGGCGACGACGCGAUUGCAGUAGGCGCGGACUCGCACGAUAUUCUCUUCACAAGAAACACCAUCGGCUACCAGACUCAUGGCAUGAGCAUCGGAUCACUGGGGAAAGAUCCCACAGACUUUGCCAAUAUCAGCAACAUCCGAUUUGACGAUGUGACUGUCGUCGAUGGCCUCUACGCUGCACGCUUCAAGUCAUGGAGCGGAGGUACCGGACUCGUCAAGAAUGUGACCUGGAAUAACAUUAGAGUCUUCAAUGUGACGUUCCCUAUCUAUGUCACUCAAAGCUAUAGCGACCAGGGUGCCUCCCGGUCCGGGACUGUCAAUGCCAGUUCGGCUGUGAUGAUGGAGGAUUUCACCUGGUCUGACUUUUCUGGCUCGAUCAAUACGUACCAGCCCGGUGACGGCUCUUGCGUCUCCGACCCUUGCUGGUACAACGUUGGGCUGCCCAAUCUGAAGCAUACGGAGGCCCUCAUUAUUGAGUGCCAUACGAGCCAGUCUUGUAAGAACUUUGUGACGGACAACAUUCAGCUAUACCCGCAAGUUCUGGAACCGGCGAGUGUGAUCUGCUUGAACGCAACGGCAGCCCUUAAUCCGGAUCUUGGGUUUACCUGUAAAAACGGGACCUACAGCCCGAUAUCGACUUGA